UCAUAUUCUUCAUUUGCAGCUUUGUGGGUCAUUCCUUGGGGAAUCUCAUCGUUCGCUCAGUUCUAACCAGGCCGAGGUUUAAGUGCUACCUGAGCAGGCUACACACCUUCCUCUCCCUCUCUGGACCUCACCUGGGUACAUUGUACAACAGCUCUGCUCUGGUCAACACAGGCCUUUGGUUCAUGCAGAAGUGGAAAAAGUCCGGGUCACUCCUGCAGCUGACGUGCCGCGACAACUCUGACCCUCGCCAAACUUUCCUCUACAAGCUCAGCAAGAAAUCUGGUCUGCAGUUUUUCAAGAAUGUGGUGCUGGUGGGGUCACUGCAGGAUCGCUACGUCCCCUAUCACUCUGCUCGGAUAGAAAUGUGCAAAACUGCAUUAAAGGACAAACAAACAGGUCCUGUGUAUGCUGAGAUGAUUGAGAACUUGCUGCUGCCAGUACUUCAGAACAAAGACUGUAAUCUAGUGCGUUACGAUGUCAUUCAUGCCCUGCCCAACACAGCCAACUCCCUUAUUGGCCGGGCUGCCCACAUUGCCGUCCUUGAUUCUGAGAUCUUCCUGGAGAAGUUCUUCCUUGUCGCAGGCCUCAAGUUCUUUCAGUAGAAAUGCGGCAGAAUCAAACACGUUGGUGGACGAGAGGAAUGUGGAGCUAAUACCUCACUGCAUCGAAACCUUACUCUGAUUAUGGUAUCUGGAUUAUCUCUUGGUUUUUAAAUAAAUAUAAUCACUUUUCAAGGACUUAUGAGCAGAAUCACAAUUUCUUUCAUUUCAUGUUGUUUAUAUUGGAAUCACGGUGGAUAUGGACAUUUUUAUUUUUCUACUGCCAUGUUUUAAACUUUUUGUGGGUUUUUUUUUUGUGUUUGGGAAAUGAUUUCCCCCAUCAUAUGCUAUAUUUUCAGUGUUAUUUAAGUGUUAUGUUUUUAACGUUUAAUUUCUCCAAGUUAUUCAAUUAAUAUUAGAUGCUGAACUGGAAAUGUAGCUGCUACAAAAAUGAAAUGGCUGUUUUGGUGAGCUGGCCCAAGUCACGUCUGCACAUAACUGUCCUCACCAUUGCAAAUGUUUUCCACCAAUUUUAAGAGACACUGCAUUGAUUUGCACCACAACUACAUUUUACAAGUUUUGUACUGAAAAUGGUCAUUUGUACAAGUUACUUUUUUAUCAACAAUUUUCCAUUUUUAAUGGCAAAGAUCGCAUUUGAAACAGGAUUGUUGCUCAGACUUCGCAGCCUUGGCUUUGGUCUUAAUACUUUAUGCUGUUCCUUGCCAUUGCAGCAUUCUGCACAACAUUAACCCAAACUGGUGUUGGGAGAAUAAAGCUUUGCCUACAACAUAGCAACAUUUUAUUACAGGGGUUUUAAGCAAUGAUCAUUAUUCAGCAAAAGCACAUGUUGCUAAUAUGAACUCGUUUUAUCGAAAGUAUUUGGUGGGUAUCAUGUGGUGAUUAUGUGUUUGAACUGGAAAGUAUUGCUUGGAAUGAAAAAAAUUGUUUCUUGGAAAAUUGUUUAUAUAUCAUCAUACUCUACCAUUAAAUAUGCAUAUAAUGAAAA